AUGAGCUCUGGGCGCCAAGGUGGUGCUGAUGCAUCCUUAGGAGAUGACCCGGCCGGAAGUGCCGGCACUGCGGUGCCGGACUGCAGUGGCGGCGCCGGCGCCAAGCGCCGGCCCUCGGCAGUCGCUGCUGCAGGCGAAGCGCGCGACGCGCGCGUCGAGGACGUCGAGGCGCGGCCCCUGCAGCUGUUGGUUGAUGCAGCGGCGCGCGCGCGGCUGCAGGCGCACAGCGUGCACGCGCGCAGGCUCAGCGGCGACGGCGCGCAGCACGCCCAAGAGGCGUUGCCCGCUGCGCAGCAGCGGCGCGCGCGCGAGGCGCACGCGAGGCGGCGAAGCGGGACGCCGCCGGAGCAGCAGUUGGGCGCCUGUGAGCGGCCCGAGAGCUCCUCUCCGCAGACAGCUGCCCUCCAGCAGCAGCAGCAGCAGCAGCAGCAGCAGCGGCGGCCUUUGCCUGCGAGGCUCACGAGCGCCGCAGAAGCCGUGGGGGUUGAGCCGGCGCGCAGCACCGGCACUGCACGCCGCUCCACGUUGCGCGGCGUCGGACGCACCCUGACUGGCGCCAAUCACCAGGCCACCCUGAAUCUCCUGGG